CUCGCUCUCUCAUACAUUCGUUGCAAGGCUCCGUGUGCAGAAUGUCCACACGCCACUCUUUCCUUUCUACUACUGGUCUUGUACAAGCCCCGUCGGACGCAGGCAGCAAAGCGUCGUCCAGACAUGCCAGAUUCGGCGGCACAAAGCCGGAGAAGAAACAACCCAAGUCCAGGGCGCCAGCACUGGUCACGGUGGCGGGCAUACGCCCACUGGGACCCAUGUUCCUCAUCGGAAUGGCUAUCGGGUUCUCCUUGAUAUUUAUCGUAUCGAUCUCGUUCGCAUUCGUGGGCUCUGACGAAGACGAGCCCCCUUUCAAGGAGUUUCUGGAUAACAUUGCGAAGGAUAACCCCGGUAUUGUGUUGCUUGGGGACAAUGUCGACGUCGAUGUAGAUGAGCCCUCGGUUACAAUCCGCUGGUCAAUGAUUGGCUGUGGGCCAGGUUUUGUCCUAUCUGGAUCUGAGGGAACCCAUGGCAGUACCGAAUGCGGUAUACCAUCAAUCGCGAUGAAUGUGUUCGUGGACAGCGAGAGCGACGCCGCGGCAACAUAUGACCCCGAUCUUUUUCCCAUUGUAUACAAAACAGGACGAAGGCUUGGGAUCCAGAACUUGUAUCAAUUCGACAGCGAUCACGUCCUGGACGUGCACGAAGCAAGGUUGUAUCCAUUCGACACUUACCACCUCACGUCCACCUUACGCGUGGCAUCCACGAAUGGUGACCCUAUCGUGCUGAGCGCGCUUACAACGCUCAAGGUUACGUCAAGCUUUGCCAUCGCACGCACCGACGUGCAAAGCAACGUGAAUACAUCGAAUUCAAUCAACGCACCGAGUCGAGACAUUGAAUUGAAUAUUACAAGACCUCCGGAGGCACGCAUGUUCGCCCUGUUGCUCUUCGGAGUCAGCUGGAUGCUCGCCCAUGCCACGAUGGGCUUUACGGUGCUUGCGUGGAUGCGCGCCGAUCAGCAGUCUGUCUUCCAGUAUCUGGGAUUGGUCGCAGUCACCCUCCUCGCCAUUCCUCAGCUCAGGAAUGCCAUGCCUGACGCCCCAGGCUUUGAUGGUGUUCUGCUUGAUAGCAUUGGCUUCUUCCCGCAGAUGCUAAUGGUCGGGGUGUCUGCAAUCUGCAUGCUGUCGAUGGCUGCCAAGAGGGCGUUGCAGGGGAAACGCGGUCACCAGGAACAGAGUAUAGACGAUCGUGAGGGUGGACCGAGCCAGCCAGUUUUGAAAGGUCUGGAGAGACUGCGCCGGCAGGGAUCAACUGUAGAUUUCAAGCAUGUGCGCAGUUGGAGUCGCGGUGCUUUCAUGUAGAAUGAUGAGGUAUAGGACAGACCUGUACUACUAUCUCGUGUUUCCACGACGCAACUUGUAGCAUGUCUCUUCCCUGGCUGUAUGUAACCUCUGUUGAUUCGUACCGACUUCAUAGGCUGCGAAACGCCGCGUUAAUCAUCACCUU